CAAACGGAUGUGGCAAUGGAAGCGAUUCGAUGUCGAAAGAGGCGAGAAAAAAAAUUGCCCAUAGAUUCAACCGCGUACGUCAAUUCAACGACAAGGCGACUGGUUGGAGUUACCCGUAUAGCAAGAACAUGUAUAAACUUCAGCAGGGUGAAAAUCCCGUCGAAGAAAUCCCGGAUCCUGCCCGUAGCCAGAUGAUAAGAGGAGAAGCCCGAGCAGUAGGCUGUUCGACUACGAUCCAAGCAAACACAACCACGUACACUUCCAAGCCCACUGCUAACCAAACCUUCGCGGAUGCAUACUCGUACUGGGCCGGAAAUUCUUCGCGAAAAGCUCCAUCAACGAACAAAUCUGGUGUCUACUAUGAUGAUGGCAAUCAGACCGCCAAUAUUACAUUCUUGAAUAUGAUAAGAGCAUCGAUUACAGCAGUGGGCUGCUCAACCUUAUCCUGCCCAUCAGGCGACUGCUACAUCGCGGUGGUGUCAUGCCUUUUCAACAGAGCUCCCCUCAGCUGUGGAGAUCCUGUCUAUCACUUCGGAGGAGGUGGAUGUGAAUCGGGCAGUAACUGCACAACCUACAGCAAUUCCACAUGCAACGGAGGAUUGUGUUACAAAAGCGCCCUGCCCAUGACGACAAAUACAACAGUGGCUCCAACACACGGACGCACCUGUGCCCGAAUGCAAAAUCAAGCCAAAGUCGAGAACGCUUCCAGUGUUGCCCAAAGUUGUUUUUCAUCCUCUCUCCACGGCAGUGACGAUGCUGAAGAUUCUAUCGAUU